CUUUGCAGGAGAAUCAUCUCACUGGAUCAAAGAUGGCUGCCACACAAAGGAGACAAAUGACAGCAUAACAUGCCAGUGCUCACACCUGACAUUCUUUGGCAUUCUUUUGUCCCCUCCACCUGGAAACAUCAGCUCUGCACAUCUGAAAUCUCUGACUUACAUCACAUCGAUAGGCUGCGGUCUAUCCAUGUUUUUCCUGGCAGCGGCCAUCUUUAUGCACUGUCUAAUCAGGAAAAGCAAAGCAAGCCAAGCCACCAAGCUCCUGAUGAACCUCUUUGUUGCCAUGUUCACCCUCAACCUGUCCUUCCUGGUUAAUGACAAGAUUGCAGCCAUAGGGAACUUCGGUGCGUGUGUGGCGAUCGCAGCAUUUCUGCACUACACCAUGUUGGCCACUUUGACCUGGUUUUUAAUGCAAGCUCUGCACCUAUACUGCACUUUGUGGAAGAUACCUUCUGAAAUCAAACAUUACAUGAUGAAGAUCUGCAUCACAGGAUGGGUUACACCGGCUGUUCUGGUGAUUCCCCUUCUUGCUUUGGGUAAAUACGAUUACUUGGUCAUCUCUGCUGAUGAUGGGACUCAGGCAAAAAUGUGUUGGAUCCCUGACGCAGUUGUUCACCAGGGAGUAAACGUUGGUUAUUAUUCCAUUGUGUUCAUCUUCACCUUCAGCAUUUUCAUCCUAACAGUGCGGCAGAUUUCUCUCCUUAAGCCCACACAAGGGAAAACUCAGGACAAAAUAAACUCUUUCUCCAUUCUGGGCCUGUUGGUACUGCUCGGCAUCACCUGGGCUUUUGCUUUCUUUAGCCAUGGACCUCUGCUUAUCCCCUCCUACUACAUCUUCACCAUCCUCAACUCUUUUCAAGGCUUCUUACUGUUCAUCUACUACUACAACUCAAGUAAGGUUGUUGGAGAAAGCAGCAAUGUCAGAGUCAUCAGCAGCACCAGCAGCAGCACAGCAUCAAACACAGUAAUCUCAUCUCUGUAUCAAUGAAGUGCUGUGCUUGAUUGGAAAAGGGAACAGAAAGUUCUGUUCUCUACAUUAUUUUGACACAAGAGGGCAGCAUUUCCUUUGCAUUGCCAAGUAGAUUUCUCUUUCCUGUAGACCAUCUUGCCAUGUGUUUCUGACUGAAUGACUCCCCUGAACUGAAGUGGCUAAUCUGGAUUACCUUCAUUGAGAAAAAUUUCUCAGCCGCUGACAGAGAUGUCGUAAUCUCCUGGAAGUCAUUUGUGCGGGUGACUAUGCGUUUUAACAGAAGCCCUGUCUGAGUCACUGCGACACUUGCAGAGAAGGUUGUGAUUCACUCAGAUUAAAUCACAGAGCUCAUAAAUUACAGCUUGGUCAUGCAAAGGAAUGCGAAGUGUACUUGUUUAAGAGGUAAAAAAUGUCUGCUUUAUGACUGAUGCAGCUGUCAUGGGGAGCGAAGAUGGUAAACUGCAGAAAAAAAACAAGGUGAAGGGAAGGUUUGCCUUACACAUAUACUUUACAGCAUGGGGAUAUGAGCUAGUCAGCUAGUGCUUUGCGUGCCUGCAGAUAAUUAUCAUGUGCCUACAGAGAGCAGUAUCCACUGUGAGGGGAGGCUUAAACAGCUAACAAGAAAUGAGCUCAUGGCUACCUAUAGUGAUAAGAGACCUGAGGGCUAAACCAUUAUGUUGAAAUACUGUUUGAUGUUUGACUGUAUUCAAUUAGCAUUUAUAUCUUUUAAUAAGCUCAUCUUUCAGACUUUUGGCAAACUGCAUUAUAUUACAUUUUUGAACUGGUAUUCAAAAUCUCCUGGUA